UUUUGUAUUUCUUAUUUAGCAAAAGCGGCAAGGUUAAUUUGCUUUCAAAUUUCAGCGAAGCCUAUUUAAUUGAUUUCUUACCAUGUAGCGGUAAAUUGGAAAAACUGCUGGUUCAUCGGCCACUUCACUUUUAUAAGCCACUACACACCCCGGCGAAUGGCCAAACCGUCCUUUGCUAUUAUCUUCACGAUCCAAUUAAGCAUCGAUUGUUCGAUUGGCGAUGUCGGAGAAGAGGGAAUGCGGCCACAACUACGGCGAGUGCGAGCGGCGCCGGAUUUACCGCCGAAUCAUCGCUUGCAUCCUCUUCCUGAUCACGCUCGUUCUCCUCAUCGUCCUCAUCGUCUGGCUCGUCCUCCGACCCACCAAGCCCCGCUUCUACCUCCAAGACUCCUCCCUCGUCCAGCUCAACCUCACUGCCGACGCCGCCAUCCUCACCUCCGUCCUCCAGGUCACCAUCUCCCCCUGCAACCCCAACGACCGCAUCGGGAUCUUCUACAACCGCCUCGUGGUCUACGCCCGCUACCACAGUCAGCAGAUCACCACCUCCACCGUGCUCCCCGCCGUCUACCUGGCCCCCAACGAACAAGUCAUCUGGUCCCCUUUUCUCUGGGGCAACUCUGUCCCCCUCGACCCCAACCUCGCCGUUGCUCUGUGCCAGGACAAGAAAGCGGGGUACGUCCUCCUCUCUGUGGUCGUAGACGGCCGCCUCCGGUGGAAGGUCGGCACAUGGAUCUCCGGCUGGUACCACCUCCACGUCAACUGCCCCUUGUUUCUGGUGCGGAAGGCUGGAUUCGACGACUACUGGUGGUUCCAGCAGAGCACCCAGUGCCUCGUCGACGUCUGAUCGAUGGAAAUCUGCUCGAUCCAAUACCUUGCUUGCUUACGUUCGCGCUUAGAGUUGAGCCUUCCCAUAUCGUGUUUGUUGCACUGUCUUCUAAGGCAGGGACUACGCAACUCUGCCUUCCAUGGUCGUAACCGGUGUUCUUACAAAUCUUAUUGAGCCGGAAGUUUAAUCUAUUAAAUCGUAAAAAAAAAAGUCUUUAUCUCAUAAAAGCUCAAUCUCACAACCACCGACUAUUUCGGAUUGGUACUCGAUUAGGG